UUAACAUAAUAUUUGAAAUACUUUGGAGCAUUUUUGUUUUUUAGGCAAGACAUAUUUCUUACAUAUUUCUGGAUUUUCAAUUUUUUUCUUAAUCUUAAUCUUUCAUUUCUUCCUCUGUUUCCCACUUUAAGGAAACAGUCUUCUUCUUUUUUGGUCUUUUUUUUUAACUAAGCCGUUUUAAUUCAUUUUAUUUGAUGUGAUAAUCUUUUCUUUAUUUUAUUUAAUGACUGGGUCCUUUUCUUCUUCGCAUGCCUCUGUAGCUUAACCUCUUUAACCAUCACAGUUAAUGUCUGAAAAGGCAGUUAAAUGCGUUUAAGAAUAUUGGAAACAGAGAGAGGGUUGAAACCAGAAUAAUAAAAUCUCUGAUAGAAACCACAGACUCGGUCAACUCAUUUUUUUUUCUUCUUUUUAAAUUUAUGUGGCAGAGGCUACACGUUCUUUUGUUAUUUUGCUCUCUCGGAGAAGAAGCAGAAGAGAAAGCUUCGGUCGUUUCUCACUUUUUAUUUGCAGUUUUGCAGUUUAGUGUCUAACACAGCCAACUUAUAACGCGAGCGUCUCUAUAGACGAGACCAUCCAGAUAAUUCUCUGAGGGGAUGUCAAAUGUAGUCGUUUCCUUCAGACUCCACUGGACUAAUCCCAGUGGAAAAAAUAAUGCCAGUGAAAUUGAAAUAAUGUCCACACUGUGAUUGAUGACUAACCCAUUCAUGCAUUUAUAUUGAAAAAUGAUUCGACACUCUCGUUUGGGGAGGUGGGAUGUCCUGAUUUUAGCCACCAAUCUCCGUCCAUUUUCCUCCGGCUCUGGGUUUUUAUUGCUUCUUAGCGAGUCUUCAAAGAGCCCAUAGCCUGUAAUUAGGGGGCGGGACCCGAGUGCCUCAAAACACUUCCCCGCGUUAGAGCCCAACUUCUUCCAAACUGUCCCGGGACUCUGAGCUGCGCUGCUCCCACUCCCCUCAGCUUCCUAAGGAUUUUGUUUCUCAGGGAUGGCCGCAUCUAUUCUGGAGGUAGGGAAUGUAAUUGAAGACGCACGCUAUGGCUCCAGUCCUCUGGCUAUGUUAACAGCUACCUGCAACAAGUUUGGCAGCACCAGCCCUGUCAGGGAUUCAGCUACACCCGGUAAGACUGGCAGCACCUCUCCAGUAAAGAAGCCCUACAACAUGACCUCUGACCUUCAGACAGCCAAGAACGGGCGGACCACAGACAGCAGUGGCCUGGCAGACUCCUACACUGGCUCCUUCACUUCAGCUGGAGGAGGAGGAGGUGGCGGCCUGCUUACACCCACUGGAAGUCCCCCUCCUUCAGCCGGAGGCUACACUACAGAAUAUAACCCUUUCUCUCACUCCUUCCAGACUUCGGUCUCACAGGAUCCGUCUCUUUUAGUGUCCAAGGCCCAUGCUACAGCCGAUUGUCUCACCAGUGUGUAUACUUCGCUGGAUAUGACACACCCCUAUGGCUCGUGGUAUAAGGCUGGUAUCCACCCUGGCAUAACUGCUGCUCCAGCUAAUGCUACAUCUUCCUGGUGGGAUGUCCAUCCCAACUCCAACUGGCUGUCAGCAACCCAGCCCCAAGCAGAUGGAGGUCUGCAGGCCUCCCUGCAGCCUGUGGCACCACAGGCAUCCCUUAGCCCACAGCUGCCCAGUUACAGCACCGAUUUUACACCACUUAACCCAGCUCCUUACUCCUCCGUGGGACUGGGCUCCUCCUCACAUCUCCUCCAACCUUCCCAGCACAUGCUGCCCCAGGACAUGUACAAGCCCAAACCUGUGCCAAGUGCAGGGCUAAUUGAGAAUCCCAUGGGCCUAAAGCCUGCUAGGGGAUCAGGGGGCUACAGCGGAGGGGCUACACCCACCCGGUCUUCAUGCGACUGCCCCAACUGCCAGGAGCUGGAGAGGCUGGGAGCCUCUGCUGCAUCCCUGAGGAAGAAACCAGUGCACAGCUGCCACAUCCCAGGCUGUGGGAAAGUCUACGGCAAGGCCUCCCACCUAAAAGCCCACCUGCGCUGGCAUACCGGCGAACGGCCCUUUGUUUGCAACUGGCUGUUCUGCGGGAAACGUUUCACCCGCUCUGAUGAACUGGAGAGGCAUGUGCGCACCCACACGCGGGAGAAGAAGUUCACCUGUCUACUGUGCAACAAGCGUUUCACACGCAGCGACCACCUCUCAAAGCAUCAGAAGACCCACGCAGAUUCUGCAAUGCAGGGCAAAGCUGUAGCUGUGGAGGGAGACACAGAUUCUAGGAGCGAAGAGACCACAGAGCUCAACUCCAGCGCUGUACCUACCAAUCCUGUCGCUGACCAAAUCACCAACGGAGAUGAGAAGACUGGCACGCCUAACGGGGUGGAGAACAGCAGUGGAUUGUUGGAGAUCUGACUUGAUGAAGUCUUGAAAUUUUAGAGGUGUUUUCUUUUCUUCUUUUUUUUUUAAAUAGGAAAAAAACUCACCUUACAAACACAAAACUGUAUUUUAUUUCAAGACAUACAAAGGAGACAGUGUUUGAAAAGACUUGAUAUGAUACAGGACUGAUAAAGGUAGAAAUCACUUCAUUUUCUCUGGACCACACACACACACACACACACACACACACAAGCAUAAAUAUGACCAAGCCUGCAAACAUAUAGCGAUCUUCAAAUGUAUGCAGACACACACGCACAAAUAUGAGCAACCGAGAGAUAAAUGAACACAAUAUGCACAUGUGAACAGGAAUAACUAUGAGCAAAUGUGCAAACAUCCAUAAUGCAUGCAUGCAGGGGGAUACACAAAAGUACGUCUGCUCGGAAACACAUACAAGUAAACAUGCUCGUGCACAAAUUUUGUAGCCUACACACAUUUUCUGCCUUUCAAAUGAGACAAACCACUGGGGAAAUUUAAUCUGCAAAAGCAGAAGGAAAAGAGCUCUGAAGCCGCAAAAGGAAAGUAGUUUUAAAACGAGACUUAUGGUCAGGAUGAUGGAGUCGAUGAAGCAUUGCAUGCCUAGAGAAAAAUCUGAUUUACAGCUGUACUUUGAUACUUAUUCAUUAUUCUUGAAACAAUCAAUGGACAGUCUACACUUACAGCUUCUUGUUGCCAAAGACACUCUGUUGUACAAGGUAUUGCAUUUCACCUUUGUUUGCUGUUUGCUUCUUACCAUGUCUAAUUUAAUUUCAUAUUUACUUUAAUAAUCUAAUUUAUGUCUUAAAUUAUACACAUGAAAGAUUAUCUUGCACCUGCAGGAAAUACCUGAAGAAAAAAAAAAGAAUGCAAGAUGGUUGAAGCCGGCCAAAAAUAAAAUGAAAUACAUUAAAUUAAGACUUUUUUUUCUUAUUUAUUAGCUAUAAGGAAGAGUUUGGGGGUUGUUUUAAAAGUUUUAUUUAUAAACCUUGAAGUUAAAUGUGCGUGUAAACUAAUUCUUAUAUAAUCUUUUAAUUGUGAAGUCUUCCACACCUGGCACAAUAAUGAUCAAUAAGGGCUUUCUUCCUUGUUUGUGCAUACUAUACAUUGACAACAGUAUAUAGAUAUGUAUAUAGGUGUGUUAUUUUUUUAUGCAUUUUCUAUGUUUUGUAUAACUUUCCACAAGAAAUGAUGUCUAGAACGCUUUGGUUACAACAACAAAGAACGUAAAGUAAAAGCUUAAUUUUUUUGGUUAUUAAUUUUGUUAUUUUGGCAGAACUGAAGUCCCAGUGUUUGCUGACUUGUUGUGAAAUGAGUGUAAAAGAUACUGUAAAUAGCGAUGAAGCAUGGUAUACAUGUUGUAAGGUUUAUGGUGUGGAAUAAUGACAAUUUUGGUGCUUUUAAGAGUAAAAAAAAUUUGAAAGAGAUUUUUUUUUCUUUUCUUGUGUUGUUCCUACACAAAAUCCUUCAGAGAGGAAGCUUUAACAUGAAGAUGGAAAUAAUGAGAAGCAAUUGUUCCUUGAGCCUUUACGUUAUCAUUUUAUCGCACUUUAUCCCCUUCUCUCGCCUCACUUCACAUCAUUCGUUUCAUAUCUUACUGUAUUUCCACCCCAGCCUGGCUAACCAAAUACUUUCAUUAUCUUUUGCAGCACAAACAAAGCUGUUCACUGAAUUGGAGUCUUAACUCCACACAAUGACCCCCUUUCAGAGAUCCACUGUAGUUACACUCAAGACAAUUACUCCACUCUCCAGCUCGAGAGGGGUAAUUACUGAGAGCGAUGCUCCAGGAGAGAGGAGAAGAGGGGAUUAGGACAGGGGAGCUGUGGUUGUAUUGUUUAUCCAGGGAGGCGGUCAAACAAAGAACCCCAAUUAAGGCAGGAUGCGGGACGAAAGACACGAUGUGGAGAUACAGACGCUGAGAAGCCGAGCCGAUCACCAAGCAUCUUUUAAAACGCCUCUCUUUUUCUCUGCCACUUUUCCUGAGUUUGAGGAAGAGUUAAAGUCACAACAAGUGGCACUUGUUUGUCUUUCUCACCACUUUCUUGUCAGGUUACUCAGGCUUUUCCAGACUAAUAAAAAUACUUUAGGAGGGCAGAUUUCCCGCUGUGUUUUAAAAGAGAGAUAGCCUCAGGAUAGACCAAAUGAGGCCACAGAUAUGUGCACCAGUAGCAGUGCCAGACAACAAUGAUUUAAGGAGCUAAUCUUUAUCAUAAUUAAGCAUAUUUCCAACAAGAUAUAGCAACUCAGGCAAGCACACAUGACAAAUUUAGAGAUAUGGUCAAGUUUCAUGAAAAAUCUCAUUUCGUAACCAAUUAAAAUAAAUUAAACUACAACAGGAAACAAAACACUGGCUUCAUAAAAGUAAAGACUUUCAUGACAGAAGUGAAGAGGAGACCUGCACUGUUUGAACCCCCCUGAAUCUACUGACUCUACUAUUGUAACAUUUACACUUCCCAGGCUGCAUGGUUCCAAUUUAGGGCUUCUAAUGAGCUGUAGUUGAGGUCAAUUUAUAUAAAACGUCCCAGGGCCGACUCUGUCAUCAGGGGCCGACAUGUUUAUGGUGGUCUGAAGUGGGCACACGGUCGAGUCCACAACAUAAAAGGCAAACAUGGGGAAUGAGGUAUGGGUAGGGUGUGUCAGGCCAGCGAGUGAGGGUGGGGGGGUUAAGAAGACGGUCAGUGGCUUUUAAAACCUCUGCUGCUACUGGUAUUUUCUGCCUUUUUAAAACACACUGCCUUUGCAGUGGUGGUGGUAUACUGUAGCCUUAACUUUAUUUUUACUUCUUUUAUUUAGAAAGCCAGGAAACAUUAAGUGUUUCUUCAAAUAACGGCGUAAAAAGAAAAUAUACAUGCAGUGACACAUAGAGGCAAAAAGCAGAAGCUGGGACAAUCUGUUCCAUAUGGUUUGCCCACAAGUGCCCAUUUGCUCCAUUUACAAAAUCAAAAGCAGACUUAAUAAGACUAAAAAGGUUAUUCCAGAGGAUCUAGACACACCUGCUUAAGCCAUCACGCAACUAAUUUCCGAUCUAACAAAAACAAAGAAGCAAUUUUAGAAUAUUUCCUCGCCCGGUGUUUUGUUAAGCGUUGACGACUCGAUGAGUUACGCAAACUCAAGCUUAAUGAAUUACUCCGGGGAGGGGAUCAGAUUCCAGUUCAUUAGAAGUGGAAAGCCCUCAUCGUGAUGUGUUGAACAAAAUGCUAAUUAACCUCUUUUCCUGCUAUUAUCCGGUCCUAACUGAUUAGUCAAGUAAAACAAUGGGCUGUGUUCUGACAUAGCCACAGGCACAAGUACCCCUACCUCUACCUGCCAGCGUGUGCAGGAGGGGGUUUGUGAGAGGCAGGACAAAAGCGCAGGUGUCUGCAGGUGUGCCUGGGUCUCUGUGGCGGACAGCGGGCUGAAAUGGGAAAGAAUGUCAGCAUGCCCAGAGGCUCAACAGCCAGGCUGCAAGUAAAAACAAGAUAAGGGUUUAGUGGCAAAGUGGAAAGGUAAAGUGACCUGAGUGAACCAUGACCCAAAGAGCAAAAGAGGUCAGGCUAAACGAAACAAAGGUAAAGGAGGAAGACAUUACAGGUGACAGAGGGCAAGAGGUAAAAAGGUCAAGCAUGCUUUGCUGAUGUACUUUAUGCUGAAUUGUUUUAUCUUUUUUAGCAAUUCUUUACGUGGCUGAAGAGGAAACUACACUAUGAAAAGGUUCAAUGUACAAAAGAUGUGUCUCAGUGAUUAAGCAUCUUUGUGGUUUUUGCUUUAUUUGUGCAGUAAAUUCCACUCAAUCCCAAUCCUGCGUCCUACUGCAUUACUUCCUAAAUCUCCUCGCUGUACUACGCUCACUGUUACACUGGCGAUCGAGGUUUGGCCGGCCUUGAUGUUAAUGAAUCAAGUAUAAGCUGUGCGCCUCACACCAUCAAACUUGUAAUGCUCCUCAUAUUUCCAACGCUAAUCUUACAAUAUUAAAGCUUUUUUUUUCCUAGUCUGUGAAGUUCCUUUAAAGUUUAAAAAGAAGUGCUCCCUCACUGCCCAACGCACCAAAUGCACCACUAAAUGAGGCCAUUUUGUUUAUAGGAACUGUGGGAGGGUUGUGGGUGACUCUGUGCCCCUUUAAAAAGAUAAUAUGCUUCCCAUUUAAUGGCCUCCGGAUGACAAAUUGCUUCCAGGGGAAAAUUAGGUUAAGAAAAUUGCAUGUGUGACACGUAAAGAAAUAUCUGCUCAACUUAGGAUGUUUGGCAUCCAUAAGUCAAAUAUGCGCAGCAGUAGGUGCAGUUGUGAUUCUUUGAAGAAAAAAAAAAAACACACACACACAUUUGCUUACGGGGUUUGAAUGAGGCGCACACUUUGGCUGUUUGUCAAUAAUCACGUACGCCCCAUCCUGAUUGUCUUCGCGUGCAGAUCACAGCUUUAACAGAAUCUAUCAUGAGGACAUAUACAGCAAAGCACGGUUUACCCCAUUUUUACCACGAUGGAAAGUUUCUUUCUUUCAAGACAAGCAGGCCUAUAUCUCUUGGAGCUGGUUGGAAAACCACUCAGAAAAUUGAUGGCCCAUUAUAACCUAAUACCGUUACAAAUAUCUAGAGCACCAUUAAAGUGUUCUUUCCUUUUGAAAAUGCUUACUAUCUUGACGGUAUUCUGACUGACACAGAGCCCAAACCAUCCUUGUUUACUUUUUUUUAAGUUCAAGCCACUAAAUACUUCCUUGGAACAUUUAAAGUGAAGGGAUUUAAGAGAGACAGUGCAGAGAAGGGGUGGCGGAGGUGUAAAAACCCACAGCUCUCAGGAGAAAAGGUAGAGAAAACAGAGUCGGGGAGAACCGCCACUGAAAGAACAGCAGUAAGUGAGAAAAAGAACGGAGUCCAAUAGUAAAUGAAUCUGGAUGCGAAUCAACAGAAUGAGGAAACUGAAGAAGGAAAAAACAGUCAGGGAGGAAGGAGGGAGAAGAGAGAGAGAGACAGAGAGUCAAAAUGCAGAAGGAGAACUGAGCGAUUUGGGUUGGAAGUGGGAGCUGGGAGCCAGGGUUGGCAGGGUUUGGUGGAGGAGUGUGGUGGUUCAGAAGUCCUCCAGCGCGAGGCGCCAGUGUGUCCGGCGGGGGCCCUGACCAUGAGCUGCCUCACCCCC